AUGACCGCCAUCAACGGCUCCCUGUCCAACCUCGGCAUAGUCAUCACCGCGCUGGCCAAGAAGGAGAGCUAUGUUCCGUACAGGAACUCCAAGCUGAUCUACCUGCUGCAGGGGUGCUUGGGAGGAAGCAGCAAAACCCUGAUGUUUGUAAACAUUGCCCCCGAGCCAGACAGCUUUGGAGAAACGCUGAACUCUUUGAGCUGCGCCCGCCUGGUUGAUAAAAUCACAGAGCUGGAAGGAAGAAUAUCCACGCUCUACAGGAUCCAGGAUGCCGAGAACCUCAUGGACACCAUCAUCUUCGGUCCAGCACAAACCAACACAGCCAGCGACCGUGUGCAUGAUUCCAUCGCUUCCAGUCCUGCUGCCCCUCCUCCGGUCACAGCUCCUGAGGCUUCUUGGCUACGGCUCGGAGCUAAGCCCUGCAGCCGGAUAGGGAGACAUCCCUCUCCUACACCCCAUAACUUCGAUGUCCAGCUGAAGAAUAAAUAUGACACCCUUGCCCUCCACGACUUCCCUCCUCUGGCUAGGGACUCCCAGCUUCCUAUACCAUCCCACCUGCUGCCUCGAGGGACCCACAGCCCCGGCUCCCCCGACAUCCCUACGCCAUGGUCCAACUCCAACACUCUGCCGUGGAUCACAGCGGUUCAGCAGAGUCCUCAGCCUCCACACUUGGCUCCAGCUGCAGCUCUCCCCAUUCAGACUAUUGCGACAGAGAGGCUGCCCCGUUCACACCGCAUUCACAAAGCCAUAAACAAAAACAACCUCAGCUACAUCCCUCCCAGUGAUGUUCAUAUCGGCUCCCAGCACAAGUUCAUCAUCUACAACCCCACUUCAGUCAAUUCCAUCCCGUCUCUGUGGACUCGGCAUUGGCGUACCACCACUCCCUCAUUACGUCAUCAUAACAAACAGCACGUGAAUGCAGCCAACCUCAGAACCCUCCCCAAAACCUCACAACCAACCACAAAACACUCCAUGAAGCUUGCUCUGUUCAACACUCGGUCACUAAGCAACAAAGGCCCAAUCAUCAAUGAAUUCAUCACUGACAACAACCUUGAUAUCCUCUGUCUCACUGAAACUUGGCAAAAACACCUGGAUUACUACACACUCAAUCAAACCACCCCAACUGGAUAUCAUUACCUGGAUAAACCAUGCCCUGAUGGCGCGGUGGAGGAAUUGCCGCUCUUCACCGCCAAACUUAUAAAGACCAGACUGACUAACAUCGACAGUCCACCCUCAUUUGAACAGCUCACAUUCAAACUCUCUGGCCCUAAACCCCUGGUCAUUGCAAUUAUCUACCGCCCCCCCAACCCUGCCUUCCUCUCUGACCUAUCAGAAUUCCUCACCCAGCUCUGCUCAGUCUCACCUUACAUCAUGUUGCUUGGUGAUUUCAACAUCCACAUCGACUCCUCAGACUGUAAAACUGCCACCGGAUUUCUGGACCUGCUUAAAUGCUUCAACUUCACUCAACACAUCGACUUCCCCACCCACAACCGCGGGCACAUCCUGGACCUGGUCUGCUCCACUGAAAUCACCAUCAACCACCUCUCCGGCUAUGACCUCACCAUCUCCGGCCAUCUAGCCAACAUCAUGGAGAUCGACAUCCCAAUCCCAGAACCCAAACUCACGUGCACCAUCACUCUCCGAAAUAUCAAACCGGUCACUCCGGUCCGAUUCUCUCUCAUCUCCCCCUCGGAUCUCAAUAAAUCACUCUCUGGCAUGAAGACUCCGACCUGUGACCUCGACCCUAUCCCUUCCACUUUAGUUAUGGCCUGUCUCCCGGCCCUCUGCCCGCACCUCCUCUCUGUCAUCAACUCCUCCCUGUCUACUGGCUCCGUCCCUCCCGCCCUCAAACUCGCCUCAGUCACACCCAUCCUCAAAAAACCUGGCCUUGACCCCGACAUUCACAACAAUUACAGACCCAUCUCCAAUCUCCCUUUUCUGUCUAAAAUACUGGAACGCACUGUUGCCCAUCAACUGAAAACUCACCUGGACUCAAACCAACUGUAUGAACCAUUUCAAUCCGGAUUCAGAUCUCAUCACAGCACAGAAACUGCCCUCAUCAAAGUCACCAACGACCUCCUCUCCUCUGAUGAACACUCCCUCAACAUCCUGAUACUGCUCGACCUCAGCGCAGCCUUCGACACCAUCAACCACUCCAUCCUCCUUUCACGACUCGAAUCUGGCACAGCCCUCUCCUGGUUUAAAUCAUACCUCUCCGACCGUGCACAGUUCAUCAGCAUCAACAAAUUCAAGUCUGACACAGCCCCAGUCUCUCAAGGUGUCCCCCAAGGUUCAGUACUCGGUCCCCUCCUCUUCAUCCUCUACCUGCUCCCCCUUGGUGACAUCAUACGCCACCAUGGUCUCCAGUACCACUGCUAUGCUGACGACACCCAGCUCUACAUCUCCACCAAAUCCAUCACCCCCACCAUCCACUCCACCAUCACCAACUGCCUCACAGAUAUAAAAACCUGGAUGCAAGCAAACUUCCUCAAACUCAACACCGACAAAUCUGAAGUCCUCAUCAUCGGCCCCAAAUCAUUAAACAAUUCACACCACAACUUCUCCCUCUGCAUCGAUGGCAUCACUGUUCCUGCCUCCACACAUGUCCGUAACCUUGGGAUCAUUUUCGAUCAAACUCUCUCAUAUAAACGCCACGUCAAUCACAUCACAAAAACCGCCUUCUUUCAUCUCAAAAACAUCGCCCAUCUCCGUCCCUCCCUCUCCUCCGCAGCCGCAGAAACACUCAUCCAUGCCUUCAUCACCUCUCGACUGGACUACUGCAACAGCAUCCUGUACUGCUCACCCACCAAAAUCAUCAAUAAACUACAAUACAUCCAGAACUCAGCUGCCCGUCUGCUCUCCCACUCCCGCACCAGAGACCACAUCACCCCAGUCCUUCAAAACCUCCACUGGCUCCCCAUACAGCAAAGAAUCCAGUUCAAGAUCCUCCUCAUCACUUACAAAGCCCUCCACAACCUUGCCACUUCAUACCUUUCGGACCUCCUGUACCAUCACACUACCAACCGCAACCUC